AUGAUCGCCCAUGAGAACAGCAAGUGGAACGAUGUGCCCUGCAACUACAACCUGCCCUAUGUCUGCAAGAAGGGAACAGGUGAGAGGGAGAAAGAGGAAGGGAAGGAAGGGGGAGAGAAGGGGAGAGCGCCUGAGAAUGUGAAAGAGGGAAGAAUCGAGAGGGGAUGAAGAAAGAGAGGGGCUGAGAGUGUGAAAGGAAUCGAGCGGGGAAAAGAAUGAAAGAGAGUUGAAGAGGAGGUGAUAUCAUGUUUCUGCUGUGCUUUAAAUACAUUAAAUAAUACUUUAAAGUCUCCUGUAUGUUAGCGAGACCAUUUUAGCCUCUUCAAUCAGUCAGUCUGGACAAUAGGUUGACACAUUACAGCUCACCUCCAAGCCCAGUCAGCUCACCUGUAGCUGCGCUUCCCACUUCAGACAGCUCCUUUAAACCACUUCUACUGAUGGUUUUACUGUCAAACCAGGGGCUGAGAAUUUCUCAGAACAUUUAAUCUACAACAGAAUGAUCCUCCUUUGUCUGAAGCAUUGUUGGAAGAGUUUCACACAAAGUUUUGGGGUUGUCUGGUAAAGUUCCUUAGUCACAUGAUCAGGCCUCUGUGGAUCUGCUCUGUCAUGGUGCUGUGAGGAAUGUGAGAUGCCAGAGAAGCCAGGUCUCUUCCUCUGUGGGCUUAUUAGAGCUGAUGGUCCCUCAUUUGCAUUUGGGGCAGACAGAGAGACAGGGUAUUAAUAGCCAGACAGGUAGGGGUUUAUAGGUAGGUUGAGAUGGCUGGCCAGACUCCAGAACUGUGUUUAAGGAAAUGGAGGAUCAGGAGACUCUGGACUCACUGGUGGGUCACUGCUAGAUCAUUUUGGGUACUGAUUUAAAACUGGCCUCAGGCUAGAAACAGUAUUUUUUUCAUCUGAAUGGUCAAAAAAUAGUUUUAAAACUUGAGAUAAGUCACUCAUGCCACACAAAAGUUUGGGGACCACUACCCUAGAGUCAGAUCAACUUUCCACUGUGGAUGUGAAGGUAUUUACUCUUUAUGUUACAUGUAGUAUUUACAGAAUGUUAUUUCUCUCAUCAGAGGUGUAACCCAUAGCUGAUGACGGCAGGUAGCUUAGUGGUUAAGAGCGUUGUGCCAGUAACCGAAAGGUCGCUGAUUUUAAUCCCCGAGCCGACUAGGUGAAAAAUCUGUCGCUGUGCCCUUGAGCAAGGCGCUUAACCCUAAAUGCUCCAGUAAGUCGCUCUGGAUAAGAGCGUCUGCUAAAUGACAAAAAAAAAAUAAUAAUAAUAAUAAUAAUGACACACUGUCACAGGUCUAACUUAAUGCCUCCUACUGGGAAGCUGACCUUCAGUCAAUCAGUCAGUGGCAGCAUUCCAUCUUCAGCCCAACUAAACUCCUUCUUUACAGCAGAGAAUAUUCUGUCUUGAUUUCUACUGUUUAGUGGUGUUGUUCUGGGGUUUGCUGCUCAUCAGUGGCCGUAUGAUGUGAUUGGCUGUUAACUGGCGUGUGGCUGACGCUCAGGCCUGUCCCUCUUGAGAGAGAGCCAGGAAACAGUAUCCAAUCAGAGAUGCACAUCAUCUGGGUGAUUAGUGUUACCCAUAGUGCUGUGGGGCAGACCGCAGGCAGGCAUGAGUCACCCUGAUCAGGAGGAUGGGCCGUGGUGAAGGCCUCUGUCUGUCACAAACAGAGAGUAUUAUCAAAUACUCAAAUUAACUUGUUUUUAACUAGGACAGAGGAAUUUAUAACAGAUUUUUUCCGACAUAACAUAGGUACAGCAAAUCCCCUUAUUGUAUGGGACACCUUUAAAUGUGCCUUUAGAGGCCAUGCAAUUCAGUACUCAUCUCGAAAACAAAAGCAAUUUAGGUCAAAAGAGUCCACACUAACAAAGGAAAUAGAAGGUCUAACAGAACAGAUAGAUAGCAAUAAAAACUGUUACAUAGAGGCUCAGAAUAAAUUAGAGGAAAAACAAAAAGAAAUGGAGAAACUUAUUCAAGAAAGAUCAAGUGUAAUAUAUUAUAAAAAUAAAGCAAACUGGAUGGAAUGUGGGGAAAAAUGCACCAAAUUCUUUUUUAAUCUUCAACAUAGGAAUGCUACCAAAAAUAAUUUACUGAAACUGGUUACAAAUGACGGAGUCACCCAUGAUUCACCAAAUGAAAGUACUUUAAGUUUUCGUUUCAGUCGCCUCCAUCUCCUCUAACUGAAGCAAAUUGUAGAGAUUUUUUUUCUAUUGAUAAUGUAAAAUUAACAGCCAUACAGAAAUACUCAUGUGAAGGUGAAAUUACAGAGGAGGAACUUCUGGAUGCAAUUAUAGACUUUAAGUCUGGGAAAACUCCAGGGUUGGAUGGCAUACCAGUCGAGGUAUAUUAGCAUGUUUUAACCACUCCUAUGUAAAUGGUAGAUUUUCAGACGCUCAAGAAGAAGGUCUGAUUUCAUUAUUACUGAAACAGGAUACAAGUGGAAAAUAUAAAGAUCCAGUCCAUUAAAAAAAUUGGCGGCCCCUUACACUUCAGUGUUGUGAUGCAACAAUUCUAGCAAAAUGUAUAGCGCAUAGAAUUAAAAAGGUAUUGUCAGACAUUAUUCAUUCUAAUCAGACAGGUUUUUUACAUGGGCGAUACAUUGGAGAUAAUAUAAGGCAAGUACUGGAAACAAUAGAACUCUAUGAAAAAUCUGGGAAGCCAGGCCUACUAUUCAUAGCAGACUUCGAAAAGGCAUUUGAUAAAGUAUGACUGGGGUUUAUAUACAAAUACCUGGAGCAUUUCAAUUUUGGACAAUCUCUUAUAAAUUGGGUUACAAUCAUGUAUAGUAACACUAGGUGUAAAAUAGUAAAUAAUGGCUGUUUCUCAGAAAGUUUUAAACUGUCAAGAGGAGUGAAACAAGGUUGUCCACUAUCGGCAUUUCUAUUUAUUAUUGCCAUCGAGAUGUUAGCUAUUAAAAUCAGAUCCAACAAUAAUAUCAAGGGAUUAGAAAUCCAGGGCUUAAAAACAAAGGUGUCAUUGUACGCUGAUGAUUCAUGUUUUCUUUUACAUCCACAACUUGAGUCCCUCCACAGCCUCAUAGAGGAUCUAGAUACAUUUUCUAACCUCUCUGGAUUACAAUACAAUUUUUACAUUACCAUGUAGUUUACCAAUAAAAUGGUCUGAUGGUGAUGUGGAUACACUCGGAAUACAUAUCCCAAAUUAAAUAAAUGAUCUCACUCCAAAAAAAAUAAUAGAAAGUUAGCAAAAAUAGAUAAGAUCUUGCUACCAUGGAAAGGUAAAUACCUGUCAAUUUGUGGAAAAAUCACACUGAUUAACUCUUUAGUAUUAUCCCAGUCUUGCCUACGCCUAGCGAACUGUUUUUUAAAUUAUAUGAGAAAAUAAUAUUCCAUUUUAUUUGGAACGGCAAGCCAGACAAAAUUAAACGGGCCUAUUUAUAUAAUGAAUAUGAAUUAGGAGGACAGAAAUUAUUAAAUACUAAAAGCUUCAGUCAUACAAAAAUUAUACUUAAAUCCGAACUGGUUCUCUAGCAAACUAGUAAGAUUGUCUCACCCAAUGUUCAAGAAGGGACUUUUUCCCUUUAUUCAGAUUACAACCCCUCACUUUCAGGUAUUUGAAAAUAAAAUAAUCUCCCAAAUAUCACUCUUUCUAAAACAAGCCAUAGAAAGUUGGUUGCAAUUUAAAUUUAAUCCUCCAGAAAUGACAGAACAAAUAUUGCAACAAAUAUUGUGGUUAAAUUCAAAUAUACUAAUUGAUUUAAAAAAACGUACUCUUUUGAGAAAAAAAAAAAAAAAAAAGGUAUAAUCAUCGUAAAUGACAUUAUCGGUAGGAAUGGUGGAGUUACAGUGGGGGAAAAAGCAUUUAGUCAGCCACCAAUUGUGCAAGUUCUCCCACUUAAAAAGAUGAGAAAGGCCUGUAAUUUUCAUCAUAGGUACACGUCAACUAUGACAGACAAAUUGAGAAAAUGUUUUCCAGAAAAUCACAUUGUAGGAUUUUUAAUGAAUUUAUUUGCAAAUUAUGGUGGAAAACAAGUAUUUGGUCACCUACAAACAAGCAAGAUUUCUGGCUCUCACAGACCUGUAACUUCUUCUUUAAGAGGCUCCUCUGUCCUCCACUCGUUACCUGUAUUAAUGGCACCUGUUUGAACUUGUUAUCAGUAUAAAAGACACCUGUCCACAACCUCAAACAGUCACACUCCAAACUCCACUAUGGCCAAGACCAAAGAGCUGUCAAAGGACACCAGAAACAAAAUUGUAGACCUGCACCAGGCUGGGAAGACUGAAUCUGCAAUAGGUAAGCAGCUUGGUUUGAAUAAAUCAACUGUGGGAGCAAUUAUUAGGAAAUGGAAGACAUACAAGACCACUGAUAAUCUCCCUCGAUCUGGGGCUCCACACAAGAUCUCACCCGUGGGGUCAAAAUGAUCACAAGAACGGUGAGCAAAAAUCCCAGAACCACACGGGGUGACCUAGUGAAUGACCUGCAGAGAGCUGGGACCAAAGUAACAAAGCCUACCAUCAGUAACACACUACGCCGCCAGGGACUCAAAUCCUGCAGUGCCAGACGUGUCCCACUGCUUAAGCCAGUACAUGUCCAGGCCCGUCUGAAGUUUGCUAGAGUGCAUUUGGAUGAUCCAGAAGAGGAUUGGGAGAAUGUCAUAUGGUCAGAUGAAACCAAAAUAUAACUUUUUGGUAAAAACUCAACUUGUCGUGUUUGGAGGACAAAGAAUGCUGAGUUGCAUCCAAAGAACACCGUACCUACUGUGAAGCAUGGGGGUGGAAACAUCAUGCUUUGGGGCUGUUUUUCUGCAAAGGGACCAGGACGACUGAUCCGUGUAAAGGAAAGAAUGAAUGGGGCCAUGUAUCGUGAGAUUUUGAGUGAAAACCUCCUUCCAUCAGCAAGGGCAUUGAAGAUGAAACGUGGCUGGGUCUUUCAGCAUGACAAUGAUUCCAAACACAUCGCCCGGGCAACGAAGGAGUGGCUUCGUAAGAAGCAUUUCAAGGUCCUGGAGUGGCCUAGCCAGUCUCCAGAUCUCAACCCCAUAGAAAAUCUUUGGAGGGAGUUGAAAGUCUGUGUUGCCCAGCGACAGCCCCAAAACAUCACUGCUCUAGAGGAGAUCUGCAUGGAGGAAUGGGCCAAAAUACCAGCAACAGUGUGUGAAAACCUUGUGAAGACUUACAGAAAACAUUUGACCUGUGUCAUUGCCAACAAAGUGUAUAUAACAAAGUAUUGAGAAACUUUUGUUAUUGACCAAAUACUUAUUUUCCACCAUAAUUUGCAAAUAAAUUCAUUAAAAAUCCUACAAUGUGAUUUUCUGGAAUUUGAUUUCUCAUUUUGUCUGUCAUAGUUGACGUGUACCUAUGAUGAAAAUUACAGGCCUUUCUCAUCUUUUUAAGUGGGAGAACUUGCACAAUUGGUGGCUGACUAAAUACAUUUUUUCCCCCACUGUAACUCCACCAUUCCUACCGAUAAUGUCAUUUAUCAGGAGCAUGCCCAGGCGUUGUAGGGAGGUCAUACAGGCACGUGGAGGCCACACACACUACUGAGCCUCAUUUUGACUUGUUUUAAGGACAUUACAUCAAAGUUGGAUCAGCCUGUAGUGUGGUUUUCCACUUUAAUUUUGAGGGUGACUCCAAAUCCAGACCUCCAUGGGUUGAUACAUUUGAUUUCCAUUGAUAAUUUUUGUGUGAUUUUGUUGUCAGCACAUUCAACUAUGUAAAGAAAAAAGUAUUUAAUAAGAUUAUUUCAUUCAUUCAGAUCUAGGAUGUGUUAUUUUAGUGUUCCCUUUAUUUUUUUGAGCAGUGUACAUAUAUGCGAUAAAAAAAGAAGAAAAAAACAUAUGGCGGAUUGGAAGUGAUGCAGACAAUUACAUUGAUGGAAGUUACAAUCUAUCUGCAAUAUUAAAGCUGAUCUACCCCCCAAAAAAAUUAAAACAAAUACCAAAAUUCUCAUUCAUAUAAAGUUCAAAAUAUUCUCUUACACACACACCUCAAGUCCAGGCCAGCGCACCCUGGUCCUUUGGAGCAGUUGGGUCAGAUGUCCCCUGGAACUCCUGGAACAUCUGCCUCUGUCUCUGCCUCUACAUGCCUUUUACCAAUUAUACUUCCUCUCCUGCACCUUUCCUCUGGGGACAGAGAAGCAGCUCACCCUGACACCCCUGUGGACCAAUUAGUGAGGGUAGUGUGUACGGCCCAGUACAUCACCGCGGCCCCCUUUUGUAGGCCCGCGGACCAAUUGGUAGGCCUUGCGGUCUGAUGCCAAGCAGUGAUGCAGCCAGUCGAGAUGCUCUCAAUGGUGCAACUGUAUAACUUUUUGAGGAUCUGAGGGCCCAUGCCAAAUCUUUGAACUCAGGAUCUCAACUUACUGUUGAGCGUUAGAAUAAUGGAAUGCACAAGGUGCAAUUUCUACAUUUUGUAGUGCAUCACUCAAUUAGCCUAUGUCAGCUACAUUUUUUUAGAUCGGAAAGUUAGUCUAGCGGCCAGCUAUCUAAACUUGUAGUAGGCAUGGUUGAAUUACCAACCGGGGUGGGGCCCAUUGAUGAAUAUGCUUGCGUGUUGUUUGUGUAAACAUGCCCACCUCACCCCAGUCUAAUCUGCUGAGACAUGAUAGCCUCUAGGUGUAGCUUCAGCCCACAGGGCUCGGAAAGUGCUGGAUGGAUCCAGGCUCUAACUGUCUUCAGAUUUCAAAAGAACACUACAUCAGCCUGACACACUCCUGCCCACCUGCCAGCCAUCCCCAACCUAGACCCAGUCAGUAAGAGCAUAUCUGGAUUGUGUUAUCGAGUGCCAUGCCUGGUCCUGUGUCUAUUGAUCUGUUGACACAGCCGCACGGUAGUGUCAGUAAUGUUCCUCCUAGUCUCUGCUACUGCACACUGAACACAGUGAGUAAUAAACUGUGGUUUUCUGAUUGGCUGAAUUGAAGGUGUGAGCCGUAGCAGCAAUCACUGUACUGGCAGUCUAAACAAACCCUGUUAACACAAUUUAGAAAUUCUUAGCACUAUUAAAAGUGGGGUAAUCUGAUAUGGCUGGCCAUUAUUAAGGUGUAUAAUAAUAUGGCUAAGUAAUAUCAUGGCUAUGUGGUUAGGGUAGCUCAGUUGGUAGAGCAUGGCACUUGCAAUGUCAGGAUAGUGGGUUUGAUUCCCGGGACCAUCCAUACGUGAAAUGUAUGCACACAAGACUGUAAGUCGUUUUGGAUAAAAGUGCCUGCUAAAUGUCAUAUGUUAUUAUAUUGUAAUAGCCUACAGGUAAUAAAGUAGAAUCUAUGGCACUAUGGUUGUGACUAGUAUGUGCUUUUUGCACCUUAGCUGUAAAUCACACCGCUGUAUUGUGGCCCCUUAGAGCUUACUCCAGUAUUGAGAUAAUGAAGUUAAAACGACUUGUUUUGAGUUGAUCUCCCUCACCCAGAAAAUGCAUUUACUUGUUUGGGGCCGUACUGCAUUUACAGACCAGACCUCCCACUGGAGCCGUGCUGCAGUUACAGACCAGACCUCCCACUGGGGUUAGUUAAUGUACUGAGGGCUUUAGGUUUGAACUGCAGGGCUGCCAUCUAGGGAAUGACAGAGGUACUGCACCUUCAUCCCCAGUCACCCCUCCUCAUCCUUCGUCUCUCAUUCAUCCCCCUUCUAAUCCGGCCAAUGAGAAUCAAGUGUGGGUGUAUUCCUAACACCUGUCACACAUUGUGGCCCCUAAGGCCCCUGUCCCCUCAAAAAUAGUUUGUGUAGGAUGAAAUUACCCCUACACACUGAUCGAAGGUCACACUGACCCACUGACCUUUCAGCUCUGGCUAGAACUUCCCCAUAGGCAUAGAUCUAGGAUCAGUUUACCCUCCAUCAAAUCUAACAUUCAAUAUUCAGGAGGAUAACAGAAAAUCGAGGUCUCAUGGGGGACAGGGGCAUAAAAAGGACAUGCACCCAGGCAAAGAAUGACUGUGUGUAUGGAUGUACACGACUGUGAAUGCUGGUAAUAGACAUCAUAUUAUGACCUCAUGUCCCACUCAUCCAUUACUGUGUUUAUAUCUAUCUAUCUAUCUAUCUAUCUAUCUCUCUCUCUCUCUCUCUCCUCUCUCUCUCUCUCUCUCCUCUCUCUCCCUCUCUCUCUCUCUCUCUCUCUCUCUCUCUCUCUCUCUCUCUCUCUCUCUCGCUCUCGCUCUCUCCCCCCCCCCCCCCGUUUUGGCAGUGCUGUGUGGGAACCCACCCAAUGUGGAGAACGCCUUUCUGAUUGGCCGUAAGCGGCCCCACUAUGACAUUCAUUCAGUGGUGCGUUACCAGUGUGCAGACGGGUUCCUCCAACGUCACGUCCCCACGGCCAAGUGUCGCGCCAACGGCAAGUGGGACCGGCCCAAGAUCAUCUGCACAAAGUGUGAGUGACCAAGACCAUUAAAGGGUUACGUUUUAUCUCUAUGGGGUUAAUGCUCAAACAACAGGAGAGGAAUGGACACUUAAAGUUAGAUCGAAUUCAUUAGGAGUACAAGACUCUCUUUUGACCAACUUUUCAUCAGAUAGAGGUUGUGUGAUGAUGGUAAUGUCAUUUUAAUGUAGAUAAAACUAAGUUCUAGCUCUUUUUUCUGUGAGAUUGACAGCAGAGGUUUGGAGGACUGCCAGAAAACACCAAGAAGAAACAUUUGAUUUUACUAUCCUCCCAUAGAGUAAUAAAACUCACUCUGCAGAACAAUGGCAACAUUUCUUUAUGACAGCAGGAUCUUUCAUAUUGUAGGAUCAAUAGCAAACUCUUAUUUCUCAUUUCACCUUUCAAGCUGUGAUGUUUAUUCGGCUGUUACUGACAUAAUGAAUUGCUUCUGUUUAAAGUGAAAAUAUGGAGCCUUAUUAAUUUUUUUAUUCUGUGCAUUUUGAGUGUUGUUUUCCUGCUAUAGUCGUUUGUUAGUCAUCAUUAUCCUGGCAAGGUAGACUUUUUGUUGACAAACCCAAACCAGGACCAACAAAUCAAAUUUGGCAGCACAACAUAGGAAGGAAGUGGCUUACUCAGGCUGUGAGUGGGAGAACAGUCCUAUGCUAAUACAUGUAGAGAGCUCGGCGCCCACACUGUUCAAUGUAAAGUAGAGUAGAUUAGACACUCAGGGCUGAGUGGCUGAUGUUGAGCACUGUAUAUCUGUGGUGUUGACUUUUCCCCCCCCCCCCCCCCCCCCCCCCCCUCAUAUUCCUCUCUCACUCCAUCUCAUCCUUGACUCUACCCCGUCGCCACCGCUCUACCUGCCACACACCCCUCUACUCCCUCUCAUCCGGUCUCGACUCUCUCUUACCCCUCACUCCUCCACUUUCACCCCCUUUCACCCCCUUCUCUCCCUCUCUCUUACCCCUCACUCCUCCACUUUCACCCCCUUCUCUCCCUCUCUCCCUCUCUCUAGCCCGGCGAGCCCACCGAUACAGACGUCACCAUGAUCACAACGGGCGACGGGAGCGUAAAAAGCACAAUAAACACAGCCAUGGACACGGAGAGGGAGGCCACCACGGAGGGGACCAGGGCCACAGGCACGGCCAUGGACACAGAGGCCACCACGGCGGGGACCAGGGCCACAGGCACAGGCAUGGGCACGCUCAUGCCCACAUCUGA